GGGUUCCACCACAGAGGUGAUGUCCCAAAGUUAAACGCUAUUCCACAACUUUCUGCACCAAACGUAAUCUAUGGUUGACUUCAAAGUAAUCUGAAGAUGGCGCUAUCGAGGGCGAUGAGCUUCUCUGCUCUGCUUCUGCUGCACUUUGGGCUUCAGCUGGUUGAUGGUGCUGAGACUCUCAGCUGUCCUGCACCCGCUGGGGUUCCAGGAACUCCUGGACACAACGGCGUUCCUGGAAGAGACGGUAGAGAUGGACUUCCCGGACCCAAAGGAGACAGGGGAGAGCCAGGGCUGAAUGUACAGGGACCACCAGGAAAACUGGGACCAGCAGGUCUACCGGGACCCAGAGGAGAGAAAGGAGAUGCAGGUUCUCCUGGAAUCACACAAAGUACGGACGAAUCUCUUCAGAAGGAAAUCCGGACUCUUAGAGCCCGACAGUCCCUGAUGGAGAAAGCUAUGAGAUUCCGUACGUUUGCUAACGUCGGGGAGAAGUACUUUGUGACCGAUGGGGUUACAAAGGCCUUUGAUGAAGGAUUGGGCUGGUGCCGUAACGCUGGAGGAAAACUGGCUGUACCAAGGAACCUUGAAGAAAACCAAAUGCUGGUUAAAGUAUCUGACAUCAUUGGAUCAUUGAGACCUUUCACUGGUGCAACUGACCGCAGGACGGAGGGCGUGUUCGAGGAUUUAGAGGGGACACCACUGAAUUUUUUUAACUGGCAUGAAGUGGAACCAGACAGUCGUGACGGGGACGAGGACUGUGUUGGGGUGGACAAAGCGGGGACGUGGUAUGACUUGCCGUGUACAAGCGAUCACCUCAUAGUUUGUGAGUUAGCAUAACAGUGUUCCGAAUGCUAACAGUCUUCUUAUUAACAUGUAGAUGUCAUGGUUUGGUUUUGUCCUCAUGAUCACUGUAAAUUGUGGGUGUUUUAGAAACUAUGUCUAAUAAAUUCAGAUUGCAGCAA